UUAGUCUCGGCCUCGGCGCCGCGUCCCAGGCUUCCUCGCCCCCUCUGUCACACCCCUUCCCUUUCCCGCCCUUCUCUCCCACCCGGUCCACCGAGAGAGUUCUGGAUACGAAGCAGGCGGGCUUGAGAAGGGGGUUGGAAAAAUGGAGGUGCCGCGCCUGGAUCGUGCCCUCAACAGCCCCACCAGCCCCUGUGAGGAGGUGAUCAAAAACCUCAGCCUGGAGGCCAUUCAGCUGUGCGACCGGGACGGGAACAAAUCACAAGACAGUGGCAUAGCAGAGAUGGAAGAACUUCCUGUACCGCAUAACAUCAAAAUAAGCAACAUUACAUGUGACUCAUUCAAGAUUUCAUGGGAAAUGGAUUCAAAAUCAAAGGACCGUAUUACACACUAUUUCAUUGACCUCAACAAGAAAGAGAACAAGAACUCCAAUAAAUUUAAACACAAGGAUGUUCCAACAAAAUUGGUGGCAAAAGCUGUUCCCUUGCCAAUGACUGUCCGUGGACACUGGUUUUUGAGCCCAAGAACUGAGUAUACAGUAGCAGUGCAGACUGCCUCAAAACAAGUUGAUGGGGAUUAUGUUGUUUCUGAAUGGAGUGAAAUUAUAGAAUUCUGCACAGCAGACUAUUCAAAAGUUCAUCUAACACAACUGUUGGAGAAGGCCGAAGUGAUUGCAGGACGGAUGCUCAAAUUUUCUGUUUUUUAUCGUAACCAGCACAAAGAAUAUUUUGACUAUAUUCGAGAAUAUCAUGGAAAUGCUAUGCAGCCCUCUGUCAAGGAUAACAGUGGUAGCCAUGGCUCUCCUAUCAGUGGAAAAUUAGAAGGCAUCUUCUUUAGCUGCAGCACUGAAUUCAAUACUGGGAAGCCACCCCAGGAUUCACCUUAUGGAAGAUACAGGUUUGAGAUUGCAGCAGAAAAACUUUUUAACCCCAACACUAACUUAUACUUUGGGGACUUCUACUGUAUGUACACUGCUUAUCAUUAUGUGAUUCUUGUUCUUGCCCCUGUGGGAUCACCAGGAGAUGAAUUUUGUAAGCAGCGCCUUCCUCAACUAAAUUCCAAGGAUAAUAAAUUUUUGACCUGCACAGAAGAAGAUGGGGUGCUGGUUUACCACCAUGCCCAGGAUGUCAUUUUAGAAGUCAUUUACACUGACCCUGUGGAUCUUUCUCUGGGCACCGUGGCAGAGAUCACUGGUCAUCAGCUCAUGAGUUUGUCUACUGCAAAUGCAAAGAAAGAUCCCAGCUGCAAAACCUGUAAUAUCAGUGUUGGACGUUAAUGCCCGCUUUUCUUAUUCUUACUCAGUCCCUUUUCUUCUCUUAGGAGCAUUGAUCCUCUGUUGUCCAUUUUUAUCACCAGAUGUUUUCCACUGAAGCAUGCACAUGCCGCUAUCACCAAAAGCAAACUGCCACUUUUCAAAUUUCAUUCAGAGCUGUGUUAGUGUUUCCUAUUCCCGACCCUUCCCACUUUCAAUGAUGAAAUAUCCUAAGUUCUCCUUCUGACACUUUAUUGCCUAGAUGCUGCAAUGUUUUUAUUUUUCCUUUAUGCCAAACAUAACAACAAAACAGUUAUAUAAACUGCUUUAGCAAAAUACAAAAUAACGGCUUAUAAACGGUAUUUAAAUAUGCAUUCAUUUUAAUCUACUGAACAAAUAUUGAGAUAACUCCAAACCGCAUGAAAGGGUGUAAUUGCAGCAUGAGUUAAAUCUUGAAACCUAGAAUUGUCAGCACUUCCAACUUGUUGUUUGACAGUGUUAUUUAUGUUAUUUAUAUUAGC